UAAGCUGUUUUUAUUAACCUUAUAACAUGGGAGCGGAGCAAUCCGCUUUCUUGGCUUGCACACAAACGGGCAAACAUGAGGAGCCCGUCAAGAUGUCCAAUUCGGAAAAGUUUUUUCAACUCUAUUUCGAAAAAAUGCCAGACCCGCAUACUGGACCCGUAACAGAGGCGCUGCUGCAUUUAAUUAGCCAUAUGCAGCAGCAGAAUUUGGAAGAACAAGAGAAGUAUACAGGAUACGAACACGAUGAGUUUGAUGAUGGAGAGCUGGAUAUUGAUAUGAUGUCCGAGGAAGAGAUUGCUGUUGAUCCCUUGUCUGACACAGAUAUAAGCAUUGAAUCCAGUUCUACUUUAUAUAAUCUACAUAAUGAGGAUAGCGACUUUGAGAUUAUUCCAUUGGAGUUUGUUGACUUGCAGCCGAUAGAAUAUCCCAAUACAGAAGAUCUCGAAAUUGAAUGGGAACAAGACUUUGUUAUUAAUGUUGCCGACUUAAGUGAGGAAUAA